UUUUAGGAAUAGGAAUCAGUUACGACGUUACAUCCCUCGACUGACACUCCCUCUCUCUCUCUCUCUCUCAAGCCUCCAUUAAAGCAGCAACUAAUCCAGAUCCAGUCACUCAAAUCUACUCAUCUAAUCCACUUUUAACUACAUUGAAUUGCUAGCAGAAAUGCAUACUCGAGGUGGAUCAAGUAGCCGGGGGCAAUCCGGUUUAGGAUUCGGGUCACGGGUUUCUUCUCUUUUGCUAGCCAUGUUUGCAACCAUGGCUACAAUUUAUGUUGCUGGCCGUUUAUGGCAGGAUGCAGAGACUAGAUUACAUUUAGUUGAAGAACUUGAUGAAAGAAUUGGACAGGGGAAAUCUGCUGUUUCUGUUGAUGAUACAUUAAAAAUCAUAGCUUGCAGGGAGCAACAGAAGAGGUUAUCAGCUGUUGAGAUGGAAUUAGCUGCAGCGAGGCAGGCAGGUUUUGUUUCGAACAAAUUGGUUGAUAAGGGUGAUGGGCAUUCUAAGAAAAGGAUUUUAGUUGUUAUUGGAAUUAUUACAACGUUUGGUCGAAAGAAGAAUAGGGAUGCUAUUAGGAAGGCGUGGAUGCCUACUGGUGCAGCCCUAAAAAAAAUGGAGGAUGAAAAGGGCAUUGUUUUGCGAUUUGUAAUAGGAAGAAGUGCAAAUCGUGGAGACAGUUUGGACAGGGAGAUCGACAAUGAAAAUAGGCAGACUAAUGACUUCAUUGUUCUCGAUGGUCAAGUGGAGGCCACAGAGGAGCAACCAAAAAAGUCAAAAUUAUUCUUUAUACAUGCUGUGGAGACCUGGGAUGCUGAAUUUUAUGCUAAGGUCAAUGAUGAUGUUUAUGUUAAUAUUGAUGCCCUGGGAGCAACCCUUUCUACUCACUUGGAUAAACCUCGCACUUAUAUUGGGUGUAUGAAAUCAGGCGAAGUUUUUUCUGAGCCGACCCACAAAUGGUAUGAACCAGACUGGUGGAAAUUCGGCGAUGCAAAAUCAUAUUUCCGACACGCGUCAGGUGAAAUUUAUGCCAUUUCACGAGCUUUGGCUCAGUUUAUUUCAAUUAACAGGUCCCUUCUCCGUACAUAUGCCCAUGAUGAUGUCAGUACUGGGUCAUGGUUCAUUGGGCUUGAUGUAAAGCACAUUGAUGAAUCAAAAUUUUGCUGCUCCUCAUGGGCCACAGGGUCAAUAUGUGCAGCUGUGUGAUUGGAUCUGCCUUGUUAACACUGCACCUGAAUCUAAUACAUAGCAAGACACGCACGAACAUCAUGUAAUGCAUCUGGUGAGAGUUGAUCCUGAUUGCGACGAAAGUGUGAAAUUGUUGAUAGAAGAUGUAUUGUGAUACUCUCGCCUUUAAACAACCAGUCUAGGGUCGUUCAAAACCUUUGGGCGAGCCACUUAGCAAUUAUGAAGAUUUUUUACACUGCAGGAGAAGUUUCUCACUGAUAUAUCUUGUAAUUGGUUUCUGAGUUGAUUCUUGAACUUCUGUUGUCGAGUUAUCCUUAAGCACAAUUAAAGAGACUCGGAUUCUUUCGGAUUUCUUUUCUCAGUGGGAAGCAGAUCCUUUUUGUACUUGGUUAACUUAGAACAGUGUACUCUUUGAUUUUCAUGUUCUUUAUAAACUAUCACUGACAGUUAGAAUGUUCA